AGGCACAAGAGCACGAUUUGUUCUGCAGGCUUUGUGGAAGUAAGACGUGUGUGCGCCACAGUGUGUACAAAGGACAAAGUCGGGUCAUGCCGGCCAUCCCCCUAGACAUGAGGCAUACCAGUCUCGGGCGUCAGCCAGGAGAUGGAGCACGUCCCGCCACGAGGCACCGGCGUCACUUCAUCCGCGCACUUAUCAACCUGGAGGAGUCUUCUGUUUCACACAAGCUAACUCCCCAGCCACAGCGGCGCUCGAGUCGGACCUGUACCUGCCCAAGCGUCUGUAGCCCCGGCAUUCUGCUCCUCAUCGAUGUCCAUGUAAUCCAUAUCCAGGUCCUCUUCAGAAGAGGACGCAGACCGCGGAGGCAUGCGGUCCGGUACAGGUCCUGCCACUACUGAAGGGAGAACCAGACCGUGUCCUAACAAUCCCCAACCUGCGGCAGGGAACUGGCUGUUUUGUACUGGAAGACGCAAACCGUCUCGCUUCACCUUCCACGGAGGAAUUGGACCCUGCCACCGACCAGCUCUGCCCUGAAAACACGUGUCCUCCAGGGAGGGAGAACACUGCCUCGCUUCACCUUCCAUGGAGGAAUUGCAACCUGCCUCGCACCAGUUCUGCCCUAACAUUACGUGGUGCCAUCUAAGGCAGUAUGACCCUGCCUCGCUGCACCUUCCACAGAGGAAUUGGAACCUGCCUCGCACCAGCUCUUGUGUGAACAGAAGAUGCCAUCCAGCGAAGGAGGACUGGCCUAGUUGCACUUUCCACGGAGGAAUUAGACCCCGUCUCGCUUCAUACAACCUGACUUAAUCAAUAAAUGUUGUAAAUCACUUGUUAUUCCUUCCAUCUGUGAAUGUACUAACAUGUGUAAUAUUACCAUUCCUUCAUGUUCUGUGGUGUCCCCACAUGACUGGUGGCAUUACUUUAUAAUAAAUAUGGUUAAGAAAAUUAA